CCAUGCCGGGCAGCGGAGAGCGGAAAGUGUGGAGGCUGCCCGGCCACCGCGUCCUCCGCGCAGGUGGAAACCGCACCGCGGCUCCGGAACCGACCCCCAGCCGCGUCCGUGUCCAGGGGCGGUCGAGGCCGGAGCGAGGAAGACGCUCGGGUCCUGGCGCCCACCUUGCUUCGCCCAGAAUGGCGCACCACCCAGGUUAAGGCUGAGCAAAGAAGGACAGGAGGAAAAGGAAGAAGUGGAGGAAGUCCUGAAGGACUCAUUGGAUGAGGGCUGUGAGACAUCCUCCUUUCACUAUGAAUUGCCUAACAUCCACCAACCUCCCUGCUCCAGUGUUGACCUCUGGGGCUCAGCAAUGGCACUGCAAGAAGAGGAGGACAUAAAUGGAAGUGCUGGUGGACUCAUUAGAUGGGGUGUUUUCAGCUCAUUCCAGCUGUCAUGGCUUGUCUCACUCCACUGGUUUCCCAACAGUCCAGCCUCCUGGACGAGGAGCAUGUGGUUUACUCUGGAUGUGGCAAAAUAUGAUGAGACAGAUGAAGAAGAAGAUGGAGAGUCACUAGAUUCCAUGUAGCAAUGAAUGAUCAAGGCUAAUAAGCAAAGGCCCUGGCUGUGAAGGUACUGCUAAUAACAUCAUGGCAGUACCUGUCAGUUCUUCUCCUAAUGUAGGGGAAGAAAUGGAUCUUGAAGAAGUCAUCCUGGAAUUGCAUUCUCAGUUACAACAGAGCAAUCAGGUCCACGACCUCAAAGAAAAAUUUCUCAUUUGUAAAUCUAUGACCUACUCCCUGGCAAAACAGCUCCAGAAGUAUCAAUGCAACAAGGACAACGACCUAAUUGUUUCCGCGUUGGGGGAGAAGAUGCAGUCCCAUGACGGGGAACUGGCCGAGAGACUGACGGUAGAAGAGCAGCUAAGGGAAUCCAAUAUCAUCCACCAUCAAAUCCAGGAGCUGUCUGAACUGAGGAAUAGAGAAUGUCAUGGGAAAAAUGUUUCAUUACUUAUCAGAGAGCAUCUGUGGGAACUCCUCACUCUGCACAGUUCUGACAGCCACAAAUUGCGUGAACUGCUUGUUUCCAUGUAUAAGCUGGCAGAUCACCUCAUCCUCAAACUCAGCCCAGAGAAUGGUGCAGAGGAGGAGAGUGGAAAAGAAGAUGAAUCACUGGCUCUCAGAUAAAAUGAAUUUUAAGAGCCUGGAUGAGGGUGGGUAAAAUAUGAGCAGGAUCCCAGAUGAGCAAACCAAGAGGUCCAAAGUAUCCACACAGUUUACAUGCAAAGGCAAACAAAAACUGCUGGAAUGACUACAUUCCGACUCAGCCAAGGAAGAAGCCUGUCUUUUAACAAGGUGUCCAUUUUCUUUA